GCAGUGUGCCCUUCCAUUUAGUUCACAUCUUGCAGCUUGCAAACCACCCAGUCCUUGUUUACCGGCUUUUACUUGGAAAAUCCCAUUUCGUAGUUUUCUCCCUAACGAUUCACCAUGGCACCAAAGUAUAAGCUGGUUUACUUCGAUGCCCGCGGACGUGCUGAACCUGCCCGCUGGGUUUUAGCCUACGCUGGCGUUGACUAUGAAGAUCAUCGCAUCCCGAAAGAUCAGUGGCCCACUCUGAAAUCCACCGCUCCCUUCGGACAGGUGCCCUAUCUGGAGGUGGAUGGCAAACCGCUGCCCCAGAGUCUGAGCUUGACUCGUUAUCUGGCUCGCCAGCACAAGCUGGUUGGCAAGGAUGACUGGGAAGCAGCUCAGGCCGACGCUCUCGUGGAUUACGUUCAAGAUUCUUUGAAGCCAUUGAUGGCCAUUUUUCACGAACAAGACGAGGGUAAGAAGAGCAAGCUGAAAGAGGCCUUCGUGAAGGAGCAGAUCCAACCGUAUCUGCAGGGACUGGAGCGCAAGCUGCAGGAGAACAACAACGGCGACGGUUUCUUCAUUGGGAGUGGACCCACCUGGGCUGAUUUCGUGGUGGUUGUCGCUCUGGAUGGCAUUCUGGGCAUGGAAAGCACUCUGUUGGACAAGUUCCCCAAACUGAAGGCCCAUAACCAGCGCGUCCAUGAACUGAAGGGCAUCAAGGAGUGGAUCGCCAAGCGUCCCAACACUCCCAUGUAAUCCGACUUCCGGUUUCGGUCGUAUGUUGAGCAUGUACUUUCCGGUGCUGACAUCAAAUUUUGUUUAGCGCAGCUGUUCUCUAGCAUUAAAUGUAGUAGUUUGGGUGUUGGUUAAAGUUCCUUUUUGCUGUUUUCUGUCAUGCGUAGUAUAAGCGGGAAGUGCACAUUCAUUUAAUAAAAAGCGCUUUAAAAA